AUGGGGACGAUUCGAAUGUGUAUGGUGUGUAAGAAAGCUCCAAGUCUUAUCAUAUUGAACGGGUGCGAACAUGAUUUGGUGUGUUUGGAGUGUCUCAUGAAACAGCGAUUUCUUAAGAGGAACUUUUGGUGCAAAAUAUGCAAAAAGGAAUUUAAAGACCUUCUUAUAGCAAGUGGAAGACGAAGAGAUGAGGAGUUUAUAAGAGCGACUUUGAAGAGAGGUGGUGUCUUCAAGUUUCCUGAGAUUGGGAUGUCGACAAAUAGCUGUGAGUUAGAAAAGAGAAUCAGAGAGAUGAUGUCUGCGAUAUGUCAUGAGUGUAACAAGACGUUUGAGAGUGUUGAGGUGCUUGUUGAGCAUCAAAAAGAGCGUCAUGGAAGUACCGUAUGUCCGUUGUGUGCGAAUAGAAGUAUGUUUUGUUAUAGUUGUAAGAUGCUAACACCAAUAGAACUUGAGAAACACACGAAAAAGAGUCAUAAAAGUGAUGACCACAAUCAUUCAAAAGAAUUCAAAAAGUCUCAAGACGUGAAACGGACUUCAGAUAUGAAAGAAAGAGGAGAGGAGUAUCAGACAGUCACAUAUGACCAUGUCACACCAUCAAACACAAAAAUGGGUGAAGAGACACUUCCCUCUUAUAUCUCACAAGAACAAAAGGCAAGAGAGAGAUUAGAAGACUUUCCAGAACUCAACUUUGUGGAAGAGAAUUUAUAUGAAGAAGAUCCCAUUGAAAACAAAGAAAAUGGUUUGGUGCAAAAAAUGGAGGAAAUCGAGUUGACAGCUCCCAUCAGAAAUACACAACUUACACCACAAGAAUGUUCUGAAGUUGGUUUAAUGGAUAAAGACGAUGUUAAUGAGGGGAAUGAUGACACUAAAAAAGGCCAAGUGCCAUCUUCAACAGUGGUCAAACGACCAGAAACACAGAACCGAAUUGAUCCUUCAUUCUCUCGAUUACAAACAAGUGUCGAACAUCAGAAGACUUUACAAGAAGGUUCAGGAGGUGCCUCCAAGUCCGUUUCCCAGUGUUACUUUGAUGAUCGAAAAGACCAAGAAAAGGUGAAGAAAGAGCUUGCAGAACGUGUUGUGAACUAUGCAAAAUUGGUGACACAGCACCACCCAAAAGCAGAAAGUGAGACACCAUACAUCAUGACUGGUCAUAUAAUGACCCUCAAAGAGUAUGUUACACUGAAAGAAAAAGCUUUAGAAGACUCAAGAAAGAAGCGGGAGUGGCAACUUACAGCAUUGCCAUGGACAACGCGUCCAUCGCAGGUCAUGAGGAAAAAGUUUGAAGGGAAUUCAUUCAACGAAUAUGAAGAGCCGCUUUUCCCCGAGUAA